AUGGCCAUGAGUGUUGAGAAUCAAGACCCUAAUGACAUAGGAUUCUUUUGGGAUAACCAACCAUGGGAUGUCUCAAAUUUUGAUAACUUAGGUCAAAGAGAAACCAAAGAGAACCUACAUAUAGAAAUGCCUCCUCUGCCACCAGCUCCUACCAACCACCUCACACAGGGAGAAAUAGAGAAGAAAAAUGAAGAAUUCACGACGCCGGUUACAAACAACAAGAAGCGACGCCGAGCUGACGAAGAUGGCAAGAGGCCUAUGAAGAAUGAUGGUAAUGAUCAUGAUCUCCAUAUAUGGACAGAGAGAGAACGAAGGAAGAAAAUGAGGGACAUGUUUGCUAAUCUUCAUGCUAUGCUUCCUCAACUUCCUCCUAAGGCAGACAAGUCAUCCAUUGUGGAUGAAGCGGUGAGGCACAUCAAAACUCUGCAACAAACGGUUGAGAAUCUCGAGAAAAAAAAGCGACAGAGGAUUCAAUCUCUCUCUGUCUCUGUGUCACCAAUUGUGUGCGAAUCUGCUGUGACCGACCCUCAGUGGAACCCUUACGACUCAUCAUCCUUGUCAAGAGAUAAUAAUGCAUUAACUAUAACCGCCACUCAACAUGCUUCGAAUCCAUCUUUUGUUUCUGCUGCUGUUGCAAAUAAUUCACCGUUUUUCAAGACUUGGGCUUCACAGAAUGUGGUACUGAACAUGUGUGGAGAGGAAGCACAGUUCAGCAUAUGUGCAGAGAAGAAGCCUAGUCUCUUCACCACCAUUGCUUUUGUGCUCCAGAAGCAUAAGGUUGACGUCAUUUCUGCUAGUAUCUUGUGCAACCAUAAUGUCAAUAGAUACAUGGUCCUUACUCAUGCAAGUAGGGCUUUACUUCAAUUUGCAGACGCAAAUACAGUGGAGGAAACUUUCAAGCGUGCAGCUGAGGAGAUUAUGAUGUGGCUCGGCUAA